AUGGGUUCUGAUCAAUUUUGUUUAAAGUGGAAUGAUUACCAUUCAAGUUUGACGGCUGAGGUUUCAAAAAUACGCGACGAAGAUGAUUUUUUCGACAUAUCCUUGGGAACGAAUGACGGAAAGGCGGAGUCCUGUGCUCUUGCCUCCGCCCUACCCCGUGAUGAAGGGCGGAAGACUAAAAAGGUCCCCGUUGAACCUGAAGAGGAAAGUGCUGCACCAGCCUCGAAAAAGCAGAGGACAGAAUCUCCAGUUGUUGUUACUCCGGAACUACAAGAACCUUCAAGUCCCACAGAACCAGAGGAACAAGAAGAACAAGAUCAGGAUCAGGAACAAGAGCAGGAUCAGGAUCAAGAUCAAGAUCAGGAGCAGGAACAGGAACACACCCUUAGUGUGAAAGCUGAAUUCAACUCAACAGAAAAAUCUGCCUUACACAACAACUCAAACUCACAAAUAGAUGAUGAGGAUUCCAAUAGUGCCCACAGUAAUCUUAUAGAUUGUCUUGUCCAGGAAACAUAA